GACUAGGGAGCGGCCGACUCCUGGGCAUCCCUUUCCCCAGUCACCCCCACACCCAGCUGUCCACACCCUUUCCCCUGUCACCCUCACCCCCAGCUGUCCAGGCCCUUCUUGGUCAUUCACUUCUCUAAUUACUCCUUUUCUUUUCGUACUCUUACUGGGGCGCCUUCAGUUUUUUUUCAUUCAUUGAGACUGCUAAAUGCUUCUUUCCGAUACAAAUUAUCAGAAAGAAAAGAGGGACAUUGGCUAGGACGGUACUCCCUGGGGCAUCUGAGUGGUGAAUAUCGACCCCCUGCACUUGAUCGAGGGCUAACAGGUAUUCGUCGUUUCUCCAAUGUCUAACCUGUAUACGGUAUUCAUUCCAGCCUUCGGCUGUUUGUUUAGUAACUACUACUACGUGCAAGGUAGGCUAACACCCUCUACACAAAAGAAACCCCAAUACUCGAAAGCGAGAUAAAAUACCCACGAAAACUCUAGUACAAAUCAAACCAUCAGUUGCUCCAAGAGGUGAUGGAAAUAUGCUAAAGUGAUCAAAGACAGACGUACCAGAAUUAAAAUUGACCCUUUCUCCUUAAGUAUAGAAGACAUUUUGGUUUUUAGAUUGGAAUUUCAAAUUGGAUUGAGCAAGAUCUCAAGGCACAAUUUCAUUUCUCUAAAAACGCCAUAUCUAAGUGCCCAAUCUUGUGAUCAUUUCAUCAUCUGUAAAUUGAGAACAGUGCAUCCUUUACAGGAUAUUUCCAAAUUUUAAUGUGAUAUUGUUUGUAAGCCAGACAUCUUACGCAAGUAGAAGGUUUUAAUAUUAAAGAGACAGCAUAACAUAAUGGGAAAUGACACUGGAUUAGGUCAGAACACCAGUAUCUGAAUGCUGAUUUUUCCAUUUACUUGACAAUGGUUGUCAUGGAUGCACUGGUAGAAGAUGAUAUCUGUAUUCUGAAUCAUGAAAAAGCCCAUAAGAGAGAUACAGUGACUCCAGUUUCAAUAUAUGCAGGAGAUGAAUCUGUUGCUUCCCAUUUUGCUCUUGUCACUGCAUAUGAAGACAUCAAAAAACGACUUAAAGAUUCAGAGAAAGAGAACUCUUUGUUAAAGAAGAGAAUAAGAUUUUUGGAAGAAAAGCUAAUAGCUCGAUUUGAGGAAGAAACAAGUUCCGUGGGACGAGAACAAGUAAAUAAGGCCUAUCAUGCAUAUCGAGAGGUUUGCAUUGAUAGAGAUAAUUUGAAGAGCAAACUGGACAAAAUGAAUAAAGACAACUCUGAAUCUUUGAAAGUAUUGAAUGAGCAGCUACAAUCUAAAGAAGUAGAACUCCUCCAGCUGAGGACAGAGGUGGAAACUCAGCAGGUGAUGAGGAAUUUAAAUCCACCUUCAUCAAACUGGGAGGUGGAAAAGUUGAGCUGUGACCUGAAGAUCCAUGGUUUGGAACAAGAGCUGGAACUGAUGAGGAAAGAAUGUAGCGAUCUCAAAAUAGAACUGCAGAAAGCCAAACAAACGGAUCCAUAUCAGGAAGACAAUCUGAAGAGCAGAGAUCUCCAAAGACUAAGCAUUUCAAGUGAUAAUAUGCAGCAUGCAUACUGGGAACUGAAGAGAGAAAUGUCUAAUUUACAUCUGGUGACUCAAGUACAAGCUGAACUACUAAGAAAACUGAAAACCUCAACUGCAAUCAAGAAAGCCUGUGCCCCUGUAGGAUGCAGUGAAGACCUUGGAAGAGACAGCACAAAACUGCACUUGAUGAAUUUUACUGCAACAUACACAAGACAUCCCCCUCUCUCACCAAAUGGCAAAGCUCUUUGUCAUACCGCAUCUUCCCCUUUACCAGGAGAUGUAAAGGUUUUAUCAGAGAAAGCAAUCCUCCAAUCAUGGACAGACAAUGAGAGAUCCAUUCCUAAUGAUGGUACAUGCUUUCAGGAACACAGUUCUUAUGGCAGAAAUUCUCUGGAAGACAAUUCCUGGGUAUUUCCAAGUCCUCCUAAAUCAAGUGAGACAGCAUUUGGGGAAACUAAAACUAAAACUUUGCCUUUACCCAACCUUCCACCACUGCAUUACUUGGAUCAACAUAAUCAGAACUGCCUUUAUAAGAAUUAAUUUGGAAGAGAUUCACGAUUUCACCAUGAGGACACUUAUCUCUUUCAGUGGUCCUCCCAAGAAAUUAUUUAACAAACUGAAAGGGGAUUUUGAUUAAAAUUUUGCAGAGGUCUUCAGUAUCUAUAUUUGAACACACUGUACAAUAGGACAAAAACCAACAUAGUUGGUUUUCUAGUAUGAAAGAGCACCCUCUAGCUCCAUAUUCUAACAAUCUGAAAUAUGCUACUAUACUAAUUAAUAAGUAAACUUAAGGUGUUUAAAAAGAACUCUGCCUUCCAUAUUAAUUGUAAAAUUUUGCCUCUCAGAAGAAUGGAAUUGGAGAUUGUAGACGUGAUUUUACAAAAUGUGAAAUGUCUAAAUAUCUGUUCAUAAAAGUAAAAGGAAAACAUGUAUGUUGCUUCAAAUUGCAUAAUGGAACAAAUGGCAAUGUGAAUAGGUUACAUUUCUGUUGUUAUAAUGCAUAAAGAUAUUGAAAAUAUAAUGAAAUAAAAGCAUCUUAGGUUAUACCAUCUUUAUAUGCUAUUGCGUUUCAAUAUUUAAGAUUUAAAGUGAUUUUUUGGUCACAGUGUUUUGUUGAUAAAAUUUUAGAAUUGAAGUUUGAAUUCUGAGACUUGAAACAACCUGAUCACUGAAGCCAACUUUGUCCCAGCACAUUCCUUAAGUCCUAAUUGGGAAAAAAAAAAAAAAAAUGAAAUAGUUGAAAAACUCUGGGGUAUAAACAAAUGAUUGUAACCCUACACACUAUUCAAUAAGUAGUAGAAGGAGCAUCACACAGAUUUCAGUCUAAUCUGCCCUUCUGUGGGCCAUAAUAUAAACAUAAAUGUGUGUAAUGAUAAAAAGUCAUUUUCUUCAAAGAGACUACAGCUGCACGUUGUGUAGAGCAGCUUCUAAAUUGUUAGACUUUGUGUUGAAAUGUAAUAUUCUAUUUAUCGAGAAAGUUAUUUUAAGUUAUUAUUUUUAAUCAUAGAAAUCAGGGUUUGGGCUGUAUUGAUAUUGUCAAUCAUGAAAUGUCCACACUUAUUAUAAGUGGCCAAUUAUUUGGAAAUAAAGAAGGAAAUAAAGAUGGCUUCACAUGGAAAUUUAAGUUCUUUCAGGGUGGAGAUUUACUUGGUUCAUACACCUUUUGCCUGAAUUAAAGUAUUUCAUGUAGGAGGACUUUUAUCCUUUUUGAUAGACAGUUUCAUAUAUCUUGAACUCAAUAUCUCAGAUCUCUUCUACUGUAUUACUGAAUAGCAUACAUACAUAGACAAUGUUCGCCAUUCACCAGAUAUUUUUUUCUAUUAUCUUACACUUAUUCAAGCUUGUCUGGUUAAUGGAAUUGGUGUCAGAUGCUGGAAUUUAUUCUGACCAAUGAACACAGCUGACUCAGGGGAGUACAAUCUCCUGCCAAGUAAUAGAACCAAACCCAAUAUGCAUAAAACAAAUACAAUAACUCCAGGCUUUAGCUGAAGGAAGCAACUACCUGUGUAAUAACAAAGCAGCAAAAACUAUUUCUCAUGUGGCUGCAUAGGCUGUAUAUUAUAUCUGACCUCUAAUGUAGCUUACUGGUUUGCCUUUUUUAAAACCAAAAUUGGAAAUUUUCCUUUGUAAAGAAAAAAAGUCUUAUAAUUGCUUGAUUAAUGUUUUGAACAAUACCAAGAAACUGUUAAAAUAAAUAUUUUUGUUUGAAAUUGAA